CUUUUCUUCCCUCUUUCUUAGCCUCUCGUUUCUCAUCUCCGAGAGCCACCCCCACCGAUGCUCCUCCGUCUUCUUCGCCGGUGACUUUCUCUUCCGAUUUUAAUCAAUGAGUCUUCGUGUCGUUUCCUCCGUAUUCUCCGGAACCAAUCGCAUCCCUAACCUCCACGAUACUCAUCCUCUUCUUCGCUCUAUCUUCUUCAAACCGGCGACUUUCAGUCGUAUACGGCGGACGAUUUUAUUCUCAUCCUAUGGAGACCGGAGCAGAGACAGUGUCAGCUCAGCCGCAUCCGAUGUUUCGUCGUCUAUUCUCGACGACGAGCUUCUAAGCAGCGUAUCAGCUGUUAGAGAUGCGGAUGAAGCGCUCGAGCUGAUUUCUGAACGAUUCGGGUCCAAUAGCGGUGGAGUCGUUGAACUUGAAGAUUGCCGUUCGAUUAUCUCCGCCGCGGUCAGUCGCGGCAAUGUUGAUCUUGCGUUGUCAAUCUUCUACGCCAUGCGAGCGAGUUUCGAUUUAGGUGGAAGUGAAAUUGAUAGAUGGAGAUGGUCAAGGCCUGAUGUUGAAGUCUACACGAUGCUGGUUAAUAGUCUUGCUGCUUCCUUGAGGGUUUCUGAUUCUCUGAGGAUCAUCAGAGAUAUUUGCCGUGUUGGAAUCUCUCCUGCUGAGGAGGUUCCCUUUGGUAAAAUUGUGAGAUGUCCCACCUGUUUGAUUGCCAUUGCUGUUGCACAACCCCAGCAUGGAGUUCAGAUUUCAUCUUGUGCUAAUUGCCGUUACCAAUACGAGCUUUUCUCUGGUGACAUAACCAGCAUUGAAUCAGAAGAGCUCGGCAAGGACAUUCCGCUCUGGGAAAAAGGGCUCAGACUAAUCCAGAUAAAGAAGAACAAAAUCACAUCUUCGGUGCACUCUAUUGUGGUAAAAACUCCUUCUGGUACAGCCCGAACGCACCGGUUUGCCACUGAGACAGCCGAACUCCCUGCGCAAGAAGGAGAAAGAGUGACAAUUGCAUCUGCUGCUCCUUCUAAUGUUUACAGACAAGUGGGACCUUUCAAAUUUAGCCCCAAAGCUCCAAACUUUUACCCUGGAGAACCUAUGAGCCUCACAAAGCACAAGGAUGGGCGAGAAUCGCUCUUGCUAAGGCCUCCUAGUAAAGAUGGAGAUAAGAUCUUGCAACCAUCGUUUCUAAUAACCCUUCUUGCUGUUUUGGCUACUGGAGAUGCUGCUUCUGGUAUUAUUGAUCCCAGUUUGCCUCAAUUACUCUCAGUUGCUGCUGUUGCAUCACUAGCAAUUGGAGCAACAGUAAACUCAUUUGUCCUUCCUCAGCUAAAUCAGCUCCCUGAACGGACAGUGGAUGUGGUCGGUAUCAAACAGCAACUUUUAUCUCAGUAUGAUGUGCUACAGCGUCGCAUUAGAGAUCUAAAAGAAGCAGUUGAGAAAGAGGUGUGGAUGUUGGCUCGAAUGUCUCAGCUUGAGAACAAAAUUUUAGCUGUGGGAGAGCCAGCUUACCGUACUCGAAGAACAAGAGUAAAGAAGGUACGAGAAAGUCUAGAGAACUCCAUAAAGGGAAAGAUUGAGCUGAUCGAUAGUUACGCCAGAAUAUCUUCGAUGAUUGAGAUCGAGGUGGAAAUGGACACUGAUGUUCUUGCAGCUGAGUCAGUGAACAAUACUGAAAACAUUGCUCAACAGAUAGAGCAGAUCAUGGAACUUGAAAACCUUGAAGAGAAAUGGAAAAUUCAGGCUGAAGCAAACGACGAGGCCGAGAGACUACUCAGCUCUCAACCUUAAACACACACACCUGUCAACAAACCGGGUCAAAAACUCUGGAGCAUCGCUAAAAGUUAAUUUCUUUUUGUCGGUCGCUAUAACUUAAUUCUGAUACAUUUGUCAUGUAAUAUACUAGUUUAAUAAUCACCGGAAUUAGAAUUUUUCCUUUCAAUAUAAUUUCUUUUUUUUGUA